AUGGAUGAACUAACGAGUAUAGAAGAGCUGAAAAGGCAGCUGCGAGAGGCAGAGCAGCGCGCGGGCGUGUUUCGGGCAAUAGUGGAAAGGUUGACGGUGCCCUCGCGCAUACGCAUGGAUUUAGCCCUCGCCAGCAGGUUUUGCCAAUGGCUCCUGCUUCUCGCAUACACCUGCCGCACCUCGUCGAGCGUCGGAAUUACCGAGUCCUCGGCGGCGAAUAUUGGAUCGGAAGAAGACGAAAGGCACGCGGACGAGCCCGAGCCCCAUUUUGAACCAUUAUCGCCAUUUGGGGAAACGCAUUGAGGAUUCAUUUGGGGCUGAUUGUAAAGCUGUUUUCCCGCCUGUUAACGCGAACGAAGGCAACGCACUUAUUGCUCGAUUUUGUUUGGCGGCGUUAUUUAAUUAUUACUGAGAAUAAAUUAUUGAUUGGAAAUUUAAAACAAAAGUCAAGGCGUUGAUUUUGGGGCCUCUUUUGUAGCAAAUACAUCAAUCAAUCAAUUGCAUUAACGUUGGGUACCCCCUAACCGCACCCCCCUAACAACCG